AAUAAUAUUUGAGCUUUCGUGUUUUUCGUAGCCCUUUCUAUUUGAAAAGUUUAUAAAUAUAUUAGAUUUCCUAGAUAAAGAGAUUAAUAACAGUGUUAUUUAAUGCCAUGGUUAGAUUAAAAUACAUCAUUGUACCUUAGUGUUAUAAAAUAUUGCACAUAAAUUAACAGCAUGGUGAAGUCGUGUUGUGUUAUUGGAUGCAAGAUUACAUCUAGUAAAGGAGUUACUUUUUUCAAGUUUCCUGGUAGUCGCUCACUCCGUCGUAAGUGGGAGACCGCUCUUAAGGUGAAUGGGAAGAAGGCGGUAGGAGACGCGAUCUGCAGUCGACAUUUUCUCACAACCGAUUACCAGUUUGUAAGAGGCAAGACUAGGCUGAAGGCCGCCGUGGUACCGAGCGUGUUUGCUGUAGAGAUUAGCAAAAACCAACCUAAAGAUAACAUUCCGACUGACGAACAGGUAGUAGAUAGUACAAAAGAAAUAUCAACAGACACAGAAAAAACUGAUAAUAAAGAUAUAUCUUCUGAGAUAGAUGAACCCAUUAGUGAUAGAAAAGAUGAACAAGAGAAAUCAUUACAAGGUACAGAUAAGGAAACGCCUCUUGAAAAAGAUGUGGCAAUUAGCAGUGAUAAAACAGACGAUGAACUCAGGGAGGAGGACGAUAAUAUUAAAUCGAAAAAUGCUACAGAUUUAAGUGAUAAAAAUGCAAUAAAUUGUGAUGAAAUUGAAAAAAAUGAAAAUAGAAGUAUAAAUGAUGAUAAAAAUGAAGAACCAGCGAAUAAGAAUGGCAAUGAUGAUGCAGAAAUAAAAAUUGAAUCGACUGAAAUUAAAAGUGAUAACAAAUGUAGUAUUAGUAAAGCAGAAGUUAAUAUAAGUGAACAGUCUGAUGAAGCCAUACCCAGUAAACAGUCCAAUGAAGUUGUAGUAAGUAAACAGACCACUGAAGCCACGCCGAGGAAACAGUCCAGUGAAGCCAUAACAUGUAAACAGGCCAAUGAAGUGGUCAAUAAAACAGUUACUGAUGUCUCUAACGUAUUAGAUGAGCACCAAGACAUAGAGGAAUUACUCACAGACUAUCACAUAUGCCAGAACAACAUUCAUACACUAGACGAUGAUAUUCAAGCCGUAGAUAAACAAGAACGCGUUGCGAAUAAUUUAGAGGAAAGUUGUCCGAUCAACUCUGAUCCCGUGUUUAUCGAAUUGUCUGUCGAUAAAGAGGCCACUGGCGACUGCUUGAUGGUCCUGGAAAGCGUGCAAGUGGAAGUGGAUCCGAAUGCUAUACUCCAAGACCAAGAAUUUGAAGUGGCAUCCGUCGAUCUAGAUAAUGACGACGACGAUGUCGCGGUGCCGCCGAAAGAGCCGAUCAGCUUGUUAACCUCCAGCGAUGAGGAUGAGGUCAUAAUACAAGAGCCCAAAAUCGACACCGUCGAAGUAUCAGACGAGACGGACGAAGACGACCUGCCCCUGUUGAAACUGGUGAAAAUGAAGAAAAUGAAAAAGAAGAAACAGCACAGCCAGAAUUCAACGGAGGAGGUGAAUAAAAUCAAGUGGGGCAUGUACUACUGCAUAGAGUGCCAUUUCAGAACGACAGACAGAGGCGAAUAUAAUAUACAUAGAUUGGAACACGCUCAAGUGUUAUUGAUGUGCCAGUUAUGCGGCUACAUGACCUCUAGCGAACCUCAGCUGCUGAGACAUGAGAAACUACAUAAAGACUACAAGAAAUACCAGUGCCAUCUGUGCGACUACAGAGCGAAACAUCAGAUGAGUUUGAAUUAUCAUUUGAAAUCUCAUAAGGCCAAGAACAGAUUCAAGUGCACCAAGUGCGGGUACAGAUCUAACGUCGAGAAGGAGGCGUUAAGACAUGUAGUGUUAUGUAAAGGCUUAGACGGGAAGAGGCACUGCUGCGAUAAAUGUGAUUAUAAAACGAAGAAACCCUCAGAUCUUAAGCGGCAUAAGGCGAGUAAGCAUAAGGUCAGCGUAUCCGACGACGAGAACGACGAAGACUAUUUACCUUGAGUGUCGCGUGAAGGAAGUGUCGGUGGUUACAGCGUUAUGUGCUGGAUGCAAAGACUGAACUGCUCCGAUGAUAUUUGAUAAGCUUUACGAUGUCCAGUGAUCAGAUUAAGAACAGCUGUUAUGUAGUGAUGUAUGUAUAAGGAUGUCUUACGUGCACACUAGCGCCGUAGUUCAGUUCAAUCAGCUAAUAUUCCCGCCCCGGUUGGCGUUUAUUUCUAACUUGUAACUGUUAUAAGAAUUAGGUGACGAGUACGUUUUAGAAUAACUAUCACAUCUAACAAACACAUUGAUCUGGCUAGAAAACAAUAUUUUAUAAUCUGUUUUUUUAUGUCUGUCGAAUGGAUCAUCAAAAACUUUUAUUAUUGAAAAUAUUUUUCACUGAAUCUCAAAAUUAGUAAGACUAAAUAGUUUUUUAGGGUUCCGUACCCAAAGGGUAAAACGGCAACUAAGACCGUGAAGAUUAGACUGUUGAAAUUUUCACAUAUAAUGUCCAUCUUUUGCCGUUUCAACAACAAAUACUAACCAGAAUAAAAUAUAUAUUUAAGGGAGCUCCCAUACAACAAAAGUGAUUUUUUUUACCCUUUGUGCGCGAGUAGGACUCUCACUCGGUCGGUAUUUUAAUUAAUCUGUUUUAACCUACACUAAAGUAAACUUAAUAUUAAUAUGUUUGUUCCAACACGAAUGAGAAUGGGCCAGUUGUAACUACAAUUACUUACCCAUAUUUUUUAUAUGGCUAUGAAACUAUUAAUUAUUAAUAUAUGCUUAACCUAUAGAGUUCUUCAGAUUUACCUACUCACUGGUUGACUUUGUAAAAUAUUGACAUAUAUCUCUAGAAGUUUCAUUUGUCCCGGAUGACCCAUGUUUUUUUUUCAAUUAUGAAUGAAUUUACAAAUUGAUGUUUUAUUUUACUGUAAUAUUAAAACAACAAAGCCAUUAAUAUAUCUUCUAAAUUAUAUAUUUCCUUAAUCAGAUUUUUAAAAGCAUAUUAUAUGUAAUAGUACUUUCAAAAACUAACAAUGAAGUUAACAUUCCAUUAAUUCAUUUACCUCUUUGGCUUUUAAUUAAUUUGGUGCUUAAUAAGUCAAUAUAAAUUUUAAUUUAAACUCAAGCAGCCAUACCGUCGGUAUUAAGAAUUAUCCAAAAUGUUAUGGCCUCGCAAUAUUAAGUUAAUUGUUUUUAUCAAUUUAUAUCGAUAUUAAUUUAGGUUUAUAAAUAACGUUAAUUAAUAGUAUUUUAUGGUAACAGAAAUUCAAUUAUAUUAUAUAAACGCUAUGUGUUAAAUUUAAUUAUGAGUGAAAUUAUAAAUUUCGCCGUUAAUUUUUAUUCAAACUUUUUUUGGCGCUAGUGUGUAUAUAACAGUCUGUGUAUUGUAUAUAUGGUGUACAUUGUGUACGUUGUGAAUAUGUUUACGGCAUUUGUAAAUAUAAAUAUUUGAUCG